AUGGCUCCUCCGGCAUUCUCUGAUAUCGCCAAACCAACUAACGAUGUUCUUAACAAGGAGUUCUUCCACUUCACUCCAGUGGCCCUCGAUUUGAAGACCUUUGCUCCAAAUGGUGUUGCUUUUACUACCAAGGGUAGUGUUUCUCCUGAUUCAAAGACUUCUGCUUCUUUGGAGACCAAGUACGCUGACAAGGGUACUGGUUUGUCCUUAACUCAGGGCUGGACUACUGCCAAUGCUUUGAACACCAAGGUUGAAUUGGCUGAUGCCCUAACUCCUGGUCUAAAGGCCGAGUUGGUCACCUCGCUUGUUCCAGGUGCUUCCAGAUCUGCUAAGUUCAACUUGUAUUUUGCUCAGCCUUCUCUUAAUGCCAGAGCUUUUGUUGAUUUGUUGAAGGGCCCUGUCUUUUCUGGUGACUUUACCGUUGGUCAGGAUGGUUUCACUGUCGGUGGUGCUCUUUCUUACGAUGUUAAAGCUGCCGCUUUGACUGGCUACUCUACUGCUGUCGGUUACAAGGCUUCUUCUUACUCCCUAUCUCUCAUUGCCGCCAACAGUUUGUCUGUCUUUUCGGCUGGUUACUACCACAAGGUUUCUCCGGCUAUUGAAGUCGGUGCUAAGGGUACCUAUGACUCAAAGGGUGCUUCCGGUGCAAAUGCUGUUGCCAUUGAGGUUGGUACCAAAUACCAACUCGAUGACUCUGCCUUCCUCAAGGCUAAGAUCGCUGACUCUGGUAUUCUUGCCUUGUCUUACCAGCAGUUGCUCAGACCCGGCAUCAAAUUGGGCUUCGGCGGUGCCUUUGACACUUUGAAACUAGGUGAGUCUGCUCACAAGUUGGGUCUUUCCUUGUCCUUUAGCGCCUAA